CAGAGGGCCGUGCAUGCCCACCUGACAAGCACGACAGCCUGGGGAUAUAACCGCAGGGAUAUUCGGCUCACAUGGAGUGAGGGGCGGAACCAGAGGAUGUGACGUCCAGCUCGGAGAGGAGAUUGUACCAUACCAUCUCGUAAACGCUGCUCGUUAACGUUGAUGUUUGGUGGGGAUUACUGCAAGCAGCGGGAUGGCCGAUUGAGCGCAUACGGUGGGUUAAAGUGAACGGAAAGCGGAACAGCAGCAUUUAAGAGUCACAACACGGGGGCAAGGCACGCCUACAAUGGAUAUAACCUUUGUAUUAUUUGCUAUUAUUUCUACGCUUCUCGCCAUUGUGGUCGCAACGUCGCUUUUUAACGGCUCUUCGCCUGCAGCAGACUUUGCAAAUGCGCGGAGUUAUUUCGGACACAGAGAUGGUGUGACCGGAGGAUUAGAUCAAUCCGGGCCGAAACAGAAUGGCCAUCUACCCGAUAAGAAAAAGAAGAAGGAGGCGGACGACUGGUGCGAAAUCAGCGGGAGCUCACACGAUCACUGGGAUGUAGUGAAAUCUGUGCUUUCUGAGGAAGCACACUCCCACCCUCAAUCUGAAGAACUGGAAACCCUGGCUGAUUGGUCCAGGCCUGGAUCUAGGAAUACAAUCUUAGAGGCAGAGUCAUCAUCCAAUGCUUCAUCAGGGACAGGCCGAAGGUCGCUCAUUGGGCUUUCUGAUACAGAGCUCCUAAAGUGUGCUUUUUCUUACCCCCAAACUGAAGGAGCAUCAGAGAGAGCUGGGAUGAAUGCAGAAAAGGUGGAAUCAAAUGCAAAUAAUUCCUUGAAGUACGUCCCAGGAAAGGCACGAUCCCACCACUUGGAAAAGAUGAUGACCAAAGAGGAGCUGGAGGAGGAGCAGAG